AUGAAGUUCGUUGCUCUUUGUGCUCUCGUCGGUAUUGCUUUAGCAGCUGAUCAGCGCUCGUGGUUAACCGAGGAAGGUAUCAAAAUUGAAAUCAUCAAGAAGAUUCCAGACUCCAAAUGUAAAAUCAAAUCAGAAGUCGGAGAUACUCUCGAACAGUUCUACAAACUCUCUAAUAAAGAAGGAAAAGUAGUUGGAAGCAACUUCGGAGGGAAACCAUUCACUUUCGUCUUGGGACGAGGUGAAGUCAUUCGUGGUAUGGAUAUUGCUAUGGAAGGCAUGUGCGCCGGCGAACAGAGAAAAAUAGUCAUUCCACCUGAUGAGGGUUUUGGAGAUUCUGGAAGAGAUUUAGAUAACAUUUCUGAAGGAGAAACUUUGUACUAUUUCGUCGAGCUCAAGAGCAUUUUCCGCCCACGUGCAGGAGACAAGUGGGUAACUGAUGACGGAGUUCAUAUCACAGUCACCCAUGAAAUUGAACCAGAAGAAUGUAAGAAAGCUGUUAAAGGAGAUACCCUUCACCAACAAUACACACUGUACUUGGAAGAUGGAUCCUUCGUUGAUUCGAGCUGGAGCCGUAACAAACCUUUCGUUUUUGUUCUAGGAAGCAAACAAGUCAUAGAUGGUAUGGAUGUUGCUAUGGAUGGCAUGUGCGAGGGCGAGCGCAGAAAAGUUGUAAUCCCACCAGAGCUUGCUUAUGGAGAGAAAGGACGACCACCCAGAAUCCCAUCCAACGCCUAUCUUCAUUUCGAAAUUGUCCUCGAGAAGCUAUUCAAGAAAGAUGAACUGUGA